AUGGCCAAGCAAUUGGAGUGGAUUGGUACUGCCCUUGAAGGCCAAGCUACAUGGCCACAAAAGUCAAUGGAUCUCCCCAACAAUUCUGUUGUAAAUCCUCUUGCACCUCCACCCACUCAGUGGGAAAAGGGUGGGGGCUGCAGUGCUGGCCAGAAUGCAAAACUGAAGUCCAAUGUUGCCCCACCACCCUAUGCACCUCCCAUUGUGAAUGGUCCUAGCCCAGCUGAUAUGCCUCUGAAUCCUGUCCCUCAGUCUUCAUCAGCAGUAGCAACACCUAUCUUCCAUCAGUGCCCCACAGACUCCCAUUGCUUUGGUUUCAGUGUUCUGGCUCAACAGCCAGGUCAUAUCAUGCCUCCCAGGAUGGAACCUGACCUUCAAGUGCUCAAUAAUCCUUAUAUCACUGCAAUUCAGGGUGACCAAGUUCCCAGUAAUACAUCUUGUCCACAAACACCCCAGCCCAACUACCAGUCUCAGUUUAUCCCCCACCAGCUGCCUGCUACCAACCCCAACUCUUGUAUUGACCCCUCCCUUGAUAACUUGCUCUCAUUGAGACAAACUUUGGCAACUGCUGAUGUUUGCCACAAGAGUUUGGAGAAGCUGUCAUCAGAGGGCUCCUCAGAAGAGGAGUCAGAGUCCUUGAAUAAUAACCCAUCAGAUGCAGAGGCUGGUGAGGUCUCCAGCAAUGAGUCUGACAAAGAUGAGGACAAUGCAUUUGGAUGGGGUGCAAUGAAUCUUAGGCAAUCAACUCAUCCUGGCUUCUCCCAAGAAACAAUGACAAGCAAUCCUAUUCACCACAAUUCCUUACCCCCUGACCACAAGUUUCACUUACAAUCCAAGGACAAGGCUCAGCCAGAGGGUUCCCAACAUGGCACUCUCAUCAAUGUUCUUGAACACCACCAUCACACUAAUGGCUGUCCUUCUGUUCCCAAUUGUGAUCUUCUGACCCUUGCACAUGACUCAGUCAAUGAAGUAUCUCAGCACACCAGAGCCCCUCAUAACUCCAAGAAAGCUAAGGAUGAGGGCCCAUUGCCUUCACAACUGAGAUUUUACAAGGCAGUAUGGAAGGACUGUCUCAAAGACACUAAGUGA